AUGGAGUCUGAGACCCACCGGAGGUCCCCAGUGGCGGUAGUAACGACGCAGGCGUCUGCCCCAUCCACAGCGACCGGAGGAGGAGGAACGACCAAUGGAUCCUCGUCCACAGCUCCCAAGUGGUGGGGCAGAGGAGAAGGCGCCGGCGGUGACUCUCACACGGGAGCCGCCAGGAGCAAGACGACCAGCAGCAGCAGCAGCGCUGCAGGCGGGAAGGCCAAGCCCGCGGCGAGCACUGGCACUAGUGCGACCGCUGCGUCGCCGUCGCCGCCGUCCGCGGUGAUGUUCAGCGAGAUGGGGCAGGCGUCAAAGGAUCUCUUCAGCAAGGGCUUCUCCACGGCGCAAGUGGUGGCGCUUUCUGCGGUGGCGCCUGGGAGCGUGUCGCUGACGACCAUGGUGACUAAGGUGCAGCAGCUCGUGAUGGGGCUUGUUACCGCCACGGUUCCGCUGCCGGGGGACGCGGUGUGCCAGGUGUCCGCGAGUUCUCUUGGGCAGAUCACGACGAGCGUCAAGGUCCCGGAGAUGGCGCGUGGGCUUUCCGCGACAGUGGCAGCAGAGUUCCCUCCCCGCGCAGCUGCCUCCACCAUCUCCCUCGGCCCGCCCGUGAACACCAGCACUGCACCGAGCCUGCCGCAUGGUGUCACUCUCACGCACCGCACGCAGUACUCUGCUGCGUCGGCCGGGACCACGUUCAGCACGCAACCCGUGCUCACGAGCAGCUUGGCGCUGGGUGGUGUUGGUGGCGGGGUGUGCGUGGGCGGCGAGGUGGCGUAUGAUACGGCUUCGCAGAACCUGAUCAAGUCGAAUGCGGGCAUAGGCAUGGCGCAUGGGCGCAUGUCAGCAGCCGCAUACCUCGACAUGCAAGUCCGGGAUGUGGUGCACCUGCAGUACGCUCAGGACGUGGAUGAGAAGCUGGCAGUGGGGCUGUACCUGCAGCGCGCACUCAAAGACUCCAGCAAAGACAACGUGGCGUAUGCACUCAAGUACCAGGUGGACGACAAGACCCAGCUCAAGGGGAAAUUCAACAGCAACGGGCUAUUCCACGGCUGGCUGCAGCACACCCUGGGAGGUGGGGCGACUAUGAGUGUAACAGCAGAGGUGGACACCAGCAAGGCAUUCAACAACGGUGCAGCUGGGCAGCAGCAGCAGCCGCAGGGAGGGGAGCAGAGGGACAAGGGCAUUGGGGCGACUAGGUUUGGGUUUAGCCUUUCCAUUGCCCAGUAG